AUGCUGCUUAUGGUUAGAUGCGUAAAUGCAUGGAUCAGUGGUAAGGGCGGGUUCAUUGGCAGGUUCAUCGUCUCAACUGAUCAAAGCAGGGGACAGCCAGGUCAGCGCCAAGAGCAUAACACUGUGGCACUCUCGCACACGCUUGCCGAUUGCAACCGACAGUGUGCCAUCGAACGUCAGUCACCGUUGUCGGUGAUGGCGGUGAAAGGUGAACGAUUCAGAUCGUGUGAUGCUCAAGUGAUUCGUUCGUCAGUGCUUGGCAUGUUGCUCGCAACGAGCCUGUUACGGAGUGCCGGAGGGACAGUAGGCAAUCUGUCGCAAGCGUGCACAGAAAGCAGCCAGUCAUUUUCCCUAGUGGAAUUUCUCGUAUCAGAAAAUGAGACCGUAUCGGCAAGGGCGUCGAUAUUUGAAGGUGGCGCCAGAAGUCCUAGCAAUAUGGAUAUAUCAUUGAUUGAUGCGUACUUCAACCGUUUGGAUGGAUCCUACUCCCCAAAGAGACCAGACUGGUUCAUCGAACUUGCUUAUACUCCGACAGCACGUUUAGGAGUGCUUAUAUUUGAUCGAAAGUACUUCACGAAUGUGGUGAAAAUAAAACCGUUCGACUUAAGUCGAUCGAGCCGUUUCAGAGAAACCAGCAACGAUUGUCUGACACCCAACUGGGAAUAUGACCCUUUGUACACCAACACAGACCUUUGCUACCUGAGUCUUUUACCGCUUCGAGUUGGCCGCUGCCCAACCGGCAAAGGGUUGCCUGGCACCUCAGUUUGUGGCUCCCUGAAGAAAAGUAUCCCUGCAGACGACUGUGUGAGUAUAUCAUUGGCCUUCGUAUCUGUGCAUUGCAUCGGAAAAUUAAAUUGUACAUUCGUAAAUUGCUGGGAAUAUAGGUGAAU